CGCUUCCUUUCGUCUUCAUAGAUUUGAAUCAUUUGAUAUCUUUCCUUAAUUUUUACUUGGUUUUUAAAGUGUUCGUAUUUUGCUCCUGAGGAUUCGUGCGAAAAUGAUGGAUUCAGAAGUCAAACAGCCACAACCGGCGACGGUUCAACCUCAAGAUAAUAAUAAUGGAAUUGAUGAAAAGAAACUCAAGUACUUGGAAUUCGUGCAAGUGGCGGCGAUCUACAUCGUGGUUUGCCUCUCGAGCGUCUACGAGUACGCGAAGGAAAAUUCCGGUCCGCUCAAACCGGGGGUUCAGACCGUCGAGGGUACAGUCAAGACCGUAAUCGGACCGGUCUACCAGAAGUUCCACGACGUUCCGUUUCAGCUUCUCAAGUUCGUCGAUGGCAAGGUGGACGACGCGCUGAGCGACCUGGACGGGCACGUGCCGUUGCUGGUGAAGCAGGCGUGGAGCCAGGCGCUGUCGGUGGCGGCGGAGGUGCAGAGCUCCGGCGUGGUGGGCGCGACGAGGGCUCUGUACGCCAGCUACGAGCCGGCGGCGAAGGAGCUGAUCGACAAGUACGAGCCGGCGGUGGAGCAGUACGCGGUGGCGGCGUGGCGGUGGCUGAAUCGGCUUCCGGUUUUUCCACAGUUGGCGCAGAUUGCGGUCCCCACUGCUGCGUACUGGGCGGACAGGUACAACCAGGGGGUGUCGUACGCGGCGGAGAGAGGGUACGCCGUAGGGUCGUAUCUGCCGUUUGUUCCGGUGGAGAAGAUCGCCAAGGUUUUUGAGGAAGGUGAGAGUGUUCCUACCGUUGUGACCAGUGGGGAUGCAGAUGCUCAUGUUGAAGCGCUGUGAACAGAGACGUUGAUUUUGGGCCUUUUGAGAAUUUUUCCUUUUUCUUUUCUCCCCAGUUUUUGGAGGAGGUUAAUUCUAGGCUUUGCUAAUGCUAUGAAGUGUGUUUGGAGAAUCGAAUUCUAUGAGAAAUGAAAGAUCAUCCCAUGUUUUAA